GAAAGUAAUAAUAGCAAAUAACAUAUAAUUAUAAAAAUAACAAUAAUUAUGGGUCUUAAACGUAAAAUUGAGGGUGAAAUUGAGAUUAGAGCUGGAGCUGGAGAUGUGUACCAUGAGAUAUACGAGAGUAAACCUCAUCAAGUAUCUCAUGCCGCACCCCAUUUUAUCCAAAGUUGUGACUUGCAUGAGGGCGAACUUGGUAAGCCUGGCUCUAUCAUCGUUUGGAAGUACAAAACAGGUGGAAAACCACUUGUAGCAAAGAAUAUAAUCGAAGAAAUUGACAAGGAGAAAAAGUUGGUGAGGCAACGAUGUAUUGAAGGUGAUGUCUUGGAGGAGUAUAAGACCAUUGUUGGAACAUGCCAGGUGAUACCUAAGGACAAUGAUACUUGCAUAGUAAAGUGGAUUAUCGAGUACGAGAAAUUGCACCCUGGUAUCCCCGAACCAACCGCGUUGCUCGAUUCUUUGCUUGGUGCAGCCAAAGACAUCGACGAUCAUCACCAUGGUGUAAAGAAGUAGAGAAAAAUGUCAUCGAAUAAGGAUAGAAAGUGAAACGCUGUUUUGGUGCGACACUUCCUAUUCAAUAUUCAUGAAGUCUAUCUUGUUCAUUAUGUGUUUAAAUUAUAUGUGAUCAUGUUCUGCCUUUUAGCGUGUAAUUAUUUCCGGUAAGGAUAUAUUGAUAUGUGUAAGAAUUGAAGUUGCUUGCUUUGCUUCAGUAGUUAUUGUUGUUUGCAUCAAGUUUAAAACUAAAUAAGAGUGGUAUCAUGAUUGAGCUCAUCAAUGUAAGCAUGGCCACAUACCUAUGCAUGUUUGUAAAAUGUUGACUAUAGCUUCAAUGGUCAAAGGAGGUUAAUUAACAUUGAUCAUGUGGAUUAACAUUA